AUGUUAAUGGCGGACUGGACAGAACAGGAGGUGAAAGAAGCAUUUAUGACAAUGGCGAGGAAUAAAUCACCCGGUGGAGAUGGGCUACCGAAGGAGCUGUUCGAGUGUCAUUGGGACCUGCUGGGGGGGAGUUUUAUGGCGCUGGUAAAGGAUUUCGAGAAAUCAGCGUCUAUCCCCGCAGAGCUCAAGGAGGCGGUCACUAUCUUGCUGCAUAAGAAAGGAGAUCGUGAUCAGCUGAAUAACUAUCAGCCCAUCACUCUCCUCAACUUAACAUACAAGGUGUCAGCCAAGGUCAUGGCAGAGCGGAUGAAACGGGUUCUGCACCAAGUCAUCUCACCGGAGCAGUAUGGGUUCAUCCCGAGAAGACGCCUGUCGGAUGCGGUGGCGCUGGUUGCGGAUAUCAUUGAUGUGGCGAAGAACGAGAAGGCGGACUGGUAUAUGCUGUUAGUCGAUUUCCAGAAAGCUUUCGAUUCGGUAUCGAGGGACUUCCUCUUCCAGGUGCUUCGAAGGAUGGGGUUUCCGGAGCGGUAUGUUGGCUGGGUAGAAGGCCUACAUGAGAACACAACGACGAAGCUCCUGGUUAACGGCCGGCUUGGAGAGGGAAUGAACGUGGUCUCGGGUGUUCGGCAGGGCUGCCCACUUGCACCCUACCUGUUCUUGUGUGCGGUGGAGCCGCUGGCUCAGGAGGUAGAGAGGGAGAAGCUGGGGCUCAGUAAGGACGGGCAGCAGCUCGGCUAUCUUGGGUACGCUGAUGACACAACGUUGGUUUUGCAAGGCAAGGAGCAGAUUGUCAGAGCAGAGGAAAUCUUGGAUAAUUUUGAAAAAGCAGCUGGACUGGCCACAAACAAAGGGAAAACGGUGAUUUUACCUCUGGGAGAGAACAUUGGCGCUGCGGCAGACGGCGCGUCUAGCUUCAAAUGGGCGGGUGCAGACGAUGCUGAACGCCUGCUAGGCGUGUGGGUGACUCCCUCUGGGAAUGGGCAGAAAACGUGGGAGAAGGCGAUGGAGCGCAUUACCGAGAAAUUGGUGAAGUGGAAGCAGAAGUACCUGACGACAGCAGCCCGAGCGUCAGUGGUUAAUUUCUACAUCACCCCGCUGCUUGCUUUCCAAGCUCAAAUCUAUCCGCCACCUGCAGACAUCUGGGAAGAUUUGGUGCGGUUGUUACACGGGUUUACAUCUGGGAACAGAGUGUCGUCAACGAAUGGAUUUUUUCUCUGGAGUAAGGUGCUGCUGUAUACCACGAGAGCAGCGGGCGGAAUUGGCGUGCGGGACCCAGAGAUUGUUAUCACCUACUUAGCGGCGAGAAGAGCGGGGUUAUACAUCAUGGAAUGCAACAGCCUUAAGAAAGAUCUGAUGGUGCGGGCGGCGAAACUUCCCUUGGGAGCAGAAUCUUUCGGAGCACAUGAGAAGCUCUUCAAGCACUUGGAAGGUGGUAGUAUUCGGUGGAAGCAGACGUGUGAGAGUAUUGCUGGGUCGCCGCUGUGCUUGCGUGCCUCUGCCUCAACAAAGGAAGAGAUUCUGCAGGAGCGGGUGGUUUUUAAUAAAAACAUAUUACUACGGGGCACCACGCCGAUCGGAGGGCAAAAGGAUGCCAGGAAGCUGUGGGAUUUGCGACUGGGGGAUCUGUUCAUGAGAAGCGAAGCAGGGGAGCUUGAGCAGAAAACCAUUGCGGAAUUAGCAAGGCUUCUGGGCAGUAACGGCCCGGCGAAGCUGGCGCUGAAGGCUGUUGGUGCUCUCCCUGCCAGAUGGUACAGAGAGCUGGGGUUUCCAAUUGUGCUCCCUUGCUCGGCUGACUCCCCUCAGCUGUUGAAUUUCUUGGAGGAUGGGCGCAUCAUUUCGAUGAAGCGGAUGAGAGAGGGGUGGAAGGAGGCCUAG